UACUCCUCAUCAACUUUAACUUGGGUGUUGUGUUGGUUUAAAAGUUGUUUAAAUGAGGCUUCAUGGCAUAUUGUAUUAAAACGAACGGAUUUUCAAUAAGUGAUCACGCACUCAACAUGUGAACUCUUAAUCCUAAUCGCCUCACGAUUACCAUUCGUGCCAGCUAUGAUCUUACAGCCAGCCAACAACUAAUAAUAUAUUUCCCCACCACUGGCAAGCUUGUGUGUGACACGGUGACUAAAGCAUUUCGUGGUGGAUUUUUUAACAACCAUAGUAGAAUUUAUAUACUCUCCCCUUUCAGUAUCUGUUCAAUUGUACUCGCGUAAAACCAACCUUCUACCUCAGUGUACAUGUUAAUGUGUGAACAUUUCGGAGAAAUAAGCAAAUUUAUCGAUCGAUCGACAAUUAUUUCGUACCACGAGGUCAAGGACAAUUUGAGCCAGAUAUAUACCUCCGUUGCUACAAUUGUCCGAUUAGCACUAUUGAUAAAUGCCAAUCUACGCUGGCAUAUUAAACUAAUUCACAAUAUUCAAAAUUGUUUUAUGCAUCACGGGAUCUACUAACUGUAGGACAGGAGCAUCGGAAAUGUGUAAAGUGAUCGUCUCGCCGUCUAGCUCGCUCAUUCUCCUGAUUUAACAAACCGUCAUCAUGGCACCACCAGCGUAUUGCAGACUAGUGACAGAAAAUAUUUCGCGCAGAGAGACAUCCGGGAAAGGCCGAUUUGGUAAGAGACCAUUGUCAUUCGCAGUUGACCAGAACGGCUACUCCAACGACAGUACUUCAAAUUCAAGCGAUUCGGGGAUUGAUUUCAAUUCGUACGAAUCUCAAUUAAGUUGGUGCAGCGAAGACGCUCAUCUCGGGAGAUCGUCAUCCAUCUCAAAUCUAUCGUCUGCCAGCAACAGCCUUCCUCCCCAGUUUGUGAACCCUUACGCCAAAAAGGAAUUGGUAUUGAAGACGGAAACCAAAUUGGAACCAAUAAACAACUUGGGCAACGAGGGAUCCAUCGUAAAUCUACUCGACAUCAGUAACACUGCUCGUUUGCUGAUGCCAGAGAAAGCUCAGAUCGUGCCGCAAAGCAUGAGAAUGUCUCCAGAUUCUUCUGACCAAGUUGUCAACAUGGUGACGCAAAGUCCACUCCUGGGCCUGGGGUCCCACUCGCCCAACAGCAACUCGCCCACCUCUUCCACACUUUCUCCACCCAUAAAGCGACCGCGAUUCAGCUACCUUCCACAACCCAACUGUGGGAAGGGAACUGGACUAAAACUCCGAAAUCAGAAUCAAGCCAAUCGUGGAAGCAUUGGGAAACGUCUCCCACCAGGAACGACUCCCACGCUGUCCUCCGCCCUGUCCUCUGUUUCCAGAGAUGGUCGAGUCCAACUACAAAUCGUUUCCCAACCCGAAGAACAGCAUCGCGCUCGAUACCAAACUGAAGGUUCCCGUGGUGCAAUCAAGGAUCGUAAAGGAAAUGGGUUUCCUACUGUUAAACUUGUGGGAUACGAUAAACCUGCAACACUUCAAAUAUUCAUUGGCACAGAUCAAGGGAAGCUCAGUCCUCACAUGUUUUAUCAAGCUUGCAAAGUUACGGGGAAAAGUUCUACACCAUGCAUAGAAAAGAAAGUUGAAGGCACCAUCGUCAUUGAAAUUGAGUUUGAACCAUCGAAAGAUAUGGUGAUAAGUUGUGACUGCGUAGGAAUUUUAAAAGAACGCAAUGUGGACGUUGAACAACGGUUUCCUUUUCAUCAUGCAGCACAAAGCAGAAAGAAAUCAACAAAAUGCAGAAUGGUUUACAGGACCACGAUCAUCAAUGCACAGGGAAUGGAGGAAACGUUACAGUUGUCCUCGAGUCCCAUUCUUUGUACCCAACCACCUGGACAUCCUGAGAUCUGUAAGCAGUCGACACAAGAGAGUGCAGCCAAAGGAGGCAACGAGCUGUUUGUUAUCGGAAAGAACUUUCUGAAGGAUACCAGGAUUUACUUUCAAGAGGAAGAUUCAGACGAACGGAUUCUGUGGGAGGUCAUGUCGGAACCGUUGAAAGAUUAUUUGCAACAGAACCAUUUGAUUUGCGUAAUUCCUCCAUACAAGAAUCAACACAUUACGAGCCCAUUGGAAUGCAAAGUGACGAUAGUCUCUGGGGGCAAGCAAAGCGAACCACACCGCUUCACGUACUUACCAAAUAUGCCGGCGACUGCACGCUACGGAAACUUGACCUCUUCUGCAGUUCCUUCGAAUCAAUCAAACUCUGUCUUAGGGCAGGAUCCUAUGGGUCAGCCUAUUUCACAUAACCAGAUGCCGAUGUCGAUAAACAUUCAGAACGUUGGGUCAUUGGGAACCACCACAAAUGAGGAUUGCAGCAGUUUGAGUCAUCCUUUAAGUCAAGUUGACGUCUCACAGGCAUCAUUACCAAUUCCAACAUCGCCAACGAGAACAACCGUACCGACUUCCUCAUUUCGAGAAAGCAUCCAUUCCGCGCAAGCUGCCCAAGAGCGACAAGUUGUCAACGAGUUGCAAUGCAUUUUAGAUCAAAGUGUGAGCCAACACAGAACGGAGCAAAAUUCCGUGUCUGAGAUGCACAAUUUAAUAUCCAUCAAAUCCGAAAUUAUGCAACAGGAUUUCAGUUCGAUUAAUCAGCAGCAGCAACACGCCAUGUCCAUGUCUGCGACGGUUCCUUUAGAUCUGCAAUUCCCAUCUGCUGUUACUGUAGAAUCCAGCACCAGUACCAACAGCAAUAUGGUUCAAUCGCAAAUGAGUUUCAGUGGCCAACAACAAGGUGUCAAUACUGCAUCUCAAUUUUCUCCGACAACAACUUCGUUGAGCUGUAUAACACCAACAACAGCCAUCCCGAUGCUAACGCGUCAAGGCAGUGUCGAAUUGGUGAAUGUGGAGCACCAAAUUCUUUCUGAAUUGUUGCCCGGUCAAGUAACAAUGACCUCAGUCCCUCAGACCAACUCAAACAGCGCAAUCACAGUGACUUGCCAAAGUCUAGGGAGUUCGAUGUCGGUGGCCUCAAAUGACAUGUGUCAGGUGAGUGACAUUAUCAAAAUGGAGACUCAAAGCUCUCCAAUUGGCCCACAAUUGAACGUCAUUCCAUUGAAUACGGUCGCGAGCGUUGCUUCCAGUCAGCCACCAUCGGCUGUGCCUACAGGAUUGGCACCACAAACCGGAUAUAUGGUUGGAGGAGGUAAUGGAGACUUUCAAGUACAUUCUGGCUCCAUUGCCAACGCGUUGACGCAGAUGAGUGAAAAUGAGUUGAUAAACUACAUCAAUCCUAGUUGCUUUGAACAGCCAAUGCUGUAAAUUUGUAAACCAUACCACCUUUACUACUUCAAUACUUGCUUAUAAAUAUUUUGCAGAUUUUUCAAUAGUUAAAAAUAUAAAUUUAUUAUAAAUUGUACAGAACCUUGUACAGUGUAAUUGACAAGAACACUUUUUUUUGCUGGCACGCAUUUUUGUAGUUUCACUAUUGUUCUGUUGAGGUGAUAUUUGUACCUAAAAUUGUGAAUAAUCCUUUGUAAUUUAACGAUGUAAAUAUUGAAUUACGCAUAUUACUCUCGAACCUUGUACAAAUUUAUAUGUAACAUAUGAGACUGUGUUCAGUUAGCCAAUCUCUGUUUUUGCAACAGUUGCAGCUUGAGUUUUAGUCUGUUUAUUAUUAAACACAGUCAAAUAUAGUAGAAAUAGGUAGCAUAGUAUAUAAAUUUGGAGUUUGUCUCUAAUUUUCAUGCACAUAUUUUGCAUAUGUAGGUAACUUAUGUGAGUUGUAAGUAAUUCUAUCGUGGGUAAUCUAAUCACUGCUCGAAGUUUUUUGUUUUGCAGCAUUUAGCAUAAGAAAUGUGUGUUGAUAUAGAACAAAUUAGAUAUUUCAUAGUUUGUAGAACAUGCCUGUAGUUUAGGCUAUAAAGUUUUUACUGAUAAAUCUUUUCAAUAAAGUCAGAAAUAUUUAGUUAUCUAGUAUCUGUAUUUUUAUAGAGAAAGUGUAAUUAAUGAUCGGGUAAGAUCUUAUCCAGAGGGGUUGUCUACUCACUUAAUGCAAUUUUGAGUGUAUUUUUGUAUAUGCUAAGCUAUUUUACUUCAAGUUCAGAUAUCUUAAUUACUUUUACAUUAUCCUGCGAGAAAUUUAUGUGGUGCUUGCUAAAAUUGUUGUGUUUAUGAAUGGUGCUUGUGUAAGACGUCAAAAAACGAUGUGGUUAAUGAUAUUUCAUUAAAGAUUUUAAAUGCAGAAAGUAUAAUUCAAAAUAUGUUAUUUAUGUGUUUUUUAAUAAAAUUAAUGAAAACGUGUCAAUAAAAAUAUAGUAAGAAAUC